CUCCGCUGGCAGAUCAGAGCACGGGGACCGGCAGCAGCAGCUCCUGAAUGGCUGCCGGACCGCAAGCUUUGAUUGGCUCACAAGCCAGUACCAUGUUUCAAAUGGCUGCCACAGCGAGGGGAAGGAGAGAUGCGCGCUGUGCUCUCCUCCCCUCAGGCUCAGACAGGAGAUUCGGAGGCAGCAGUGACAGCAGCAGCAAGAGCAGAAACGGAGGGGUAAACACUAUUACCGGGGCAUUGUGUAUCUGGCUGUACUGGGGACUAUGUGUGGAUACUGAUGAUGUCAUCACCAGAGAUGAACAGAUAUUUCUGCUGUCGCAAGCAAUGCGUCACUGCCAGACACAGAUUGCAACUCACAUUUCCAAAGGAUCAGAGUGCUCUCCCCAGUGGGAUGGAAUAAUAUGCUGGCCAAAGGGUUUUCCCAACCAGCUGGUGUCUGUUCCUUGCCCUGACUACAUCUAUGACUUCAAUCACCAAGGAUAUGCCCAUCGAAGAUGUGGAUCCAAUAGUAUAUGGCUUCAAGUUUCGGGAAUCAACAGGACCUGGGCUAAUUACAGUGAGUGUGUCACCUUGGUCAAUCCAGAGAUAAGGAUCCAGGAGAAGAAGUUGUUUGAACGCUUGCGGCUGAUUUAUACUGUAGGAUAUUCAGUCUCUCUGGCUACACUCCUCAUUGCUCUCUGCAUCCUUUGCUAUUUCAAGCGCUUGCAUUGUACCCGAAAUUACAUCCAUAUCCACCUCUUCACCUCUUUUAUUUGUCGUGCGGGAAGUAUAUUCUUGAAAGAUGCUGUACUGUAUUCAAGAGAAGAUGAAGGUGCAAUGGAAGUUGAAACUCUAGAGAUUGGAGUACCUAAGGGAACAGAAUUCCACUGGAUUGGAUGCAAGGUGACAGUCACUCUGUUCCUUUACUUUCUGGCAACGAAUCACUACUGGAUCCUCGUAGAAGGUCUCUACCUGCACAGUCUCAUCUUUAUGGCAUAUCUGUCUGACCGUAGCUACUUCUGGGCGCUGACCAUCAUUGGCUGGGGUCUCCCAGCAGUAUUUGUCUCUGUGUGGGCAAGUGUACGGGUGUCUCUAGCUGAUACACAGUGCUGGGAUCUGAGCGCUGGUCACAUGAAGUGGAUUUAUCAGGCUCCCAUUCUUGCAGCUACGUUGGUCAAUUUCUUCCUGUUCCUAAACAUUAUCCGGGUUCUUGCUUCAAAACUGUGGGAGACCAACACUGGAAAGCUAGACCCCCGCCAGCAAUAUGGGAAACUCCUGAAGUCAACACUGGUUCUUAUGCCGCUCUUCGGUGUGCAUUAUGUUAUUUUCAUGGCAAUUCCCUACACAGAGGUGACCGGGCUGCUCUGGCAGAUACAGAUGCAUUAUGAGAUGUUUUUCAAUUCCUCUCAGGGAUUCUUUGUAGCAACUAUCUACUGUUUCUGCAAUGGAGAGGUGCAGGCAGAGGUGCGCAAAUUCUGGCAUCGCAGGACCUUUUCCCUGGAUCUUAAACAAAAAUCUCGCAUAACUAGCACCGGAGGCAGUUGUCAUUAUGGAGGAGUUCUGUCCCACAGCACAAACAGUGUCUGUCUAAGCAUGGCAGCCAGAGGAAAACAGCUACCAGUACCCAUUCACUCCACCUCCUACCUGCCAGGAUACUUCUCAAGUACCUCACCAUCAGACAACCCACUACAUGUGGGAAACAGCAAAGAGGGCACAACCGAUCAGACUUGUGCAGCCUCCUAGAAAUCGGAACAAUAACCAUGUCUCCCUUUAGAAAAUGACUAGUGUUAUCUGAACCUGUAAACAAAGUGGAAUCAGAGGGUGUCAUUUUUUAGUAUCCUAUUUAAAGCGCUUAUGAAGAUGCAAUGCUAUUUCUAUAACUAUCCCCAAAUAGCUUUAUGUCCAAGACCAUUGGUUCUGCUCUUUUACUGGAUGUAGCUCUUUAUGGUCCAAAGAUUGUGGUUAUCUAUUACCAUUCGAUCUCUCUGAGUUUAAAGAGGUUGUGUAUGUUGCUAUUUGUUCUGGUAGCAUAGUAAAAUAUUGGUUCAGUAACUUUCUAAAAUUAUUAAAGUACCAGUGUCUUUUU